GGGGGGAAAGAACCUGGUGGUUUCUUGACAGAUCAAUGUGCGGCAAUGAGGAAACCUUUGAGGAAUGUUAUGCCCAAUUCUAGGCAUAGGUGGUGCUUGUGGCAUAUUAUGAAUAAGUUCGGUACCAAGCUCGGAAGCUAUGCGAACUACCAGGAAUUUCAUGAUGUGUUGCUCAAUGUUACAUAUGAUAGUUUGAGCGAAGAUGAGUAUGAGAUGAAUUAGACAUUAGCAAUGGUGUCCUAUGGUCUCGGUUCAGAUGAGUGGCUUACAGAUUUGUAUGAAGAGAGGCAUAUGUGGAUCCCUGCCUACAUGAAACACCUAUUUUGGGCAGGGAUGGAAACUACUCAGCGUUCAAAGAGCAUCAACAACUUCUUUGACAAGUAUGUGAAGAGGGACACGCGUUUAUACCAGUUUGCCGAGAGAUACUGUGAUGCCAUGGAAAACAGGUCCAACGCGGAGAAAGAAGCAGAUGCAAACAGUGCAAUGAGAUUGAGGCAUGUCAUCACUAGUUUUCCAUUUGAGAAAGCCUUUCAAAAGGUGUACACCUAUGCAAAAUUUGUCGAGGUACAGGAGCAAUGCACCAGGCUUAUGUACUUGAGCAUUGUUGGGAAAAGGGAGGUGUCUGACAAUGUGGUCGAACAUUUGGUUCAAGAUAGGGUUUGGUUCUAUGAUAAAGUACUGAAAUAGGAAAUUCCUAGGUAUAGGAAGAGAGUGUACACUGUAACAUUCAACAAAGAAACAAGUGACGCAUUUUGUGAAUGCAAGCUUUUCGAAUGUCAUGGAAUCAUGUGUAGGCAUCAGUUUAAGGUGUUUGAUGAAAAUGGGGUUAAAGAAGUCCCUACAAAAUAUAUAUUGAGGCGGUGGCGUAAAGAUGUCCACAGGCGUCACACAAGGGUGAAGGUGGCAUACCAUGAUCACACCAAAACUGAGGAAGUUAAGAGGUAUGAUAGGUUAAUGGUUCAGUUUGAAAAUGUUUGUGUUAAGGCAUCAAGUCGGCCAGAGUAUGUUAAAAUGGCGUUUGAAGCUAUAUGCAGAAAACAGCAAACUCAAGGAACCCCAAAAUUUUCUCUCUCUAGACCCUCUCUUUCUCUCUCUACGUUUCUUCUGCCAUGGCGAGGAAAAAGAAGGGAAAUCAGGGCUCGAAGAAGAGGAAUCGGUAAUGGAAACUUGUAAGGAUGUUAGAGAUUCGGGUAGCCUAAUUGUUGGAGGUCAGAAAACUCGAUCGAAGGGGAAUGUGGGUCAAAUUCCGCCAUUGGAGCUUUACUUUGAUCAAGAGAUGGAGCGUUCUCUGCUUACUCCUGAACAAUCUUUGGAUGAAUUGAUUACUAGAUCACGUGAGAAAUCGAAGUUAUCAGAAUGGAUGACGAUAAUGCAGCACAAGGAGAUUGGGAUUCUGGGUUCGAAAAACAGAGCAUCGGUGAAUUCGAUUCAGGUAACCCCGAAACCUCCUGAAAUAGAUAAGAAUGAUGAUAUUGUUCAAUUGAAUCCUAUUGCUUUACAAUUGACUAUUGAUGAUAUAGCUGAGGAACUGGAUUAUUGGAAAUCAGGGGUAGUUGCUUUCACGAUUUCUGCUAAUCCGCAUGUGAAAACUUUCGAGGGUUUUUGCAUAAGAAUUUGGGGGAAAUUGAACAUUGAUAAGGUCAUUCCAUUAAAGAAGGGUGUGUUCCUCAUUAGAUUCUUGAAUGUUGAAACUAGGGAUAAAGCUCUUGCUAGUUUGCAUGUAAUGAUGGAUAAGAAACCUGUGUGCCUUAAACAAUGGGAGAGUGGGAUGGAGUUAAGUGUGAAUGAUGCUAGAAUUCCUGUAUGGGUCCAAUUACCUAGCUUACCUCUGAAGUAUUGGGGUAAGAAAUGCUUAGAGAAGAUAGUUGGGCUAAUUGGGACUCCGAUUAGACCUGAUUCAGCAACUCAGGCUAGAGACAGGGUUGAUUAUGUUAAGUAUCUUGUGGAGAUGGAUAUUAAUCAAUCCUUUGCUGAUAUAAUUUCAUUCUUGGAUGAGAAAGGAAUGGUUUUUUAUCAGAAAGUGAAUUGGGAAUGGAAACCUCAUUGGUGUUCUGAAUGUGGUGAGUUGGGGCAUGCAGAUGGGAAAUGCCAGAAACAUAAUACUAAAAUGGUCUGGAGACCAAAAGCUGUGCAGAAAGGAAAUUAGGAGGUUGCUAAGGAUCCAGUGUAGGAUUUAUCAACUUCCGAUCCUGUUUUCAUUCCUGUGGGAAAGGUGUUGUUUCAAUGAAUACUACAAGAAGGGGGGUUGAAUUGUAGUAUGACAGUUUAGCCAAAAUUUUUGCGGAAAUAAAACUAAGUAAGUUAAAGGAACUGAAAGAUAGCUAAAGGAACUAAAAGUGCAAGAGAGAUUUUUACGUGGAAAACUCCUUAGCCCUAAUCAAGGAGGAAAACCACGACCACAAGGAAUUUUAGGAAAAGAAUCUUCACUAGAAUAGGGCAAUGACCCAUUACAAACUAAAGACUCUAAAUUCAAGUUCCUCAACAAACUCAAAGCCCCGAGG